UAUUUGUCAUCGACCAUGAAUCGCUUUAUCGAUAAUUGAAUAAGAAAUAAAAUAAUUUGUUUAUGUUUGGUAUUUUAUAUUCGCCGCAAAAAAAUGGAUGAAAUUGAGGAUUUUUUUAACAUUUCCAAAGAUUUUAAACGUGUAAGUGCUCCAGCGCCUGUACCCAAGCCGAAAUUAGAGCCAGUAGCAUCUACAUCACGAAAAUUAAAACGUGAGCCAGAUGCCGAAAGUCGUUACAAAGUGAAGCAGCCGAAAUUGGAAAAAGAAGAAUGUAAGAUACCAAAACCCUCACUUCCCGAAGACAGCGAUACUUUCUGUGAUGAUUACGACGAAAACCAAAGCAAUCCAUAUUUGAAUAUUGACGAUGGUGUCUACGAUCGUUUUAAGUUUAAUUUGGAACGAGAUGCAUCGUUACCCAUACAUGAUGCAAGGGAUGAAAUCUUAGAUACAAUACGCAAAAAUCCAGUUGUCAUCCUUGAAGGAGAUACCGGUUGUGGAAAAACGACACAGGUGCCCCAAUACAUACUAGAUGAUGCCUAUCGACGACGUGAAUAUUGUAAAAUUGUUUGUACUCAACCACGACGAAUAGCGGCAAUAUCGAUAGCAAAGCGGGUUUGUAAUGAACGCAAGUGGCAGGAUGGGACUGUGGUAGGAUAUAAGGUUGGCCUUCACGCCAGCUUAAGUGAUUACACGCGCUUGCUAUAUUGCACCACGGGUGUUCUGUUGCAAAAACUCAUAAGAGAAAAGACCCUAACACCGUAUACCCAUAUAAUAUUGGACGAAGUGCAUGAACGGGAUCAAGAAAUGGAUUUUUUACUAAUUGUAGUGAGAAGGCUUUUGCUGACAAAUUCACGACAUGUUAAGGUUAUACUUAUGUCGGCAACAAUGGAUACUACGGAGUUUGCCCAUUAUUUUACUAUUAGAAAAAAUCCCGCACCUGUGGUACGUGCCGAUUCGCGUCGUCUAUUUCAAGUAAAAGAAUAUUAUUUGAGCGAUUUAGAUGAUUUGAAUAAUCAUAACGUACAAGUGGAUCUGGCCGAACCUGGUAUUUCAACGGAGAUGUUUCAUUUGGCGUUAAAGUUGAUUGUUAUAAUUGAUAAUAUUGAAAAACAGGAGGCUUCUCUCAAUCCGGAUAUUACUGAUGCGACAAGCAAAACAUCAAUUUUAAUAUUUCUACCAGGCAUAAAUGAGAUCGAGCAAAUGUUAAGGAAGAUACAAUUGCUAUGUCAGGCGGAAAGAGAUAAAGUGAAAUUAUGCUGCAUACGUUUACAUUCCGUUGUAUCGCCAGAAGAACAAGUUAGAGUAUUUCACAGACCUCCAACCGGUUAUCGUAAAGUGAUUUUGGCUACAAACAUUGCUGAAAGUUCCAUAACAGUUCCAGAUGUUAAAUAUGUUAUUGAUUUUUGUUUGACGAAGAUUUUAGUCACAGAUAGUUCAACAAAUUUUACCACCUUACAAUUGCACUGGGCUUCCAAGGCAAAUUGUCGUCAGCGUGCUGGUCGGGCUGGACGUGUAAUGAAUGGCAGGGUGUAUCGAUUGGUGCCACGAAAAUUUUAUCAGAACUAUUUAGAAGACUUUAGUGUCCCUGAAAUGCUGCGAUGUCCCCUUGAGAAUGUUGUGUUGAAAGCAAAACUACUGGAAAUGGGCUCACCGCCUACAGUUCUAAAUUUAGCUAUGAACCCUCCGAACCUAAGUGAUAUACAAAAUACAAUAGUCACAUUGAAGGAAAUUGGUGCUCUAUAUAAAUACAUUGAUGGUGUAUAUGUAUCAGAUGAUGGUGAUUUAUCGUUUAUUGGACGUCUAAUGGCCCAUUUACCAUUGGAUGUCAAGCUGUCACGUCUCAUAGUAUUUGGAUAUAUGUUUGGUUCUUUGGAAGAAACAAUCAUUAUUGCUGCCGGUCUAAGUGUUCGUUCAAUUUUCAAGCUUGGCCAAUAUAGACAAAUUGGUGAGAUUAAAGCCUAUAUACAAAAACUAAAAUGGACUGAUGGUUCCGGGUCUGAUCUGGUGGCAAUUUUAAAUGCUUACAGAGAAUGGCUCACAUUGGAUCCUGAGAAUGACGAUGUGCAGCAUAUAUGGGCAAAUCGUAAAUUUAUAAAUUUACGUUCAAUACGUGAAAUGCAUCUACUUGUCGAGGAAUUAAAACAACGCUUAAAAUCAUUUGGUAUAAAAAUUCGUCAUUCCGAUCGGCAGCAAUGCGAGGAUUGGGAAAAGUCAAUAAUACUUAAAGUAAUUAUAGCUGGGGCGUUUUAUCCUAAUUAUUUCGUUUAUACGAAAUUACAAAAUCCCGACAAAGAACGUACCGAUUUCCAUAUAUUAUGUGGUCAAAAUCCAAAUCGUACCGUUUAUUUUACAAAUUUCGAUACACGUCACAUUGGUCAGUUGUAUGCACGUUCUAUAAAGGAAUUAUUCAAAGCAACCGAUAUGAAUCCGAAGAAUAUUGAUGUUAGUUUUAAAGCUAAUUGUGAAAGAGUAUUGGUGACAUUCAAAGAAGAUACGGAGGAUGAUAACGCGGAGGCAAUAAAAACUCCAGGAUCAGUGUGUGCUGAAGUUUAUAAAGCGAUCAAAAUGCGUUCUUUAAAUGUGCCACAUGCUAUUAAUGUUAUGGAAUCUCGUGCCGGCAUAAAAUAUGCGGAAGAUCAUGGCUUGGGCGCCAUGAUUGAUGGCGCUUGGAAACCAACAAAACGACUUUUGGUCAAUGCCGAGCUGGUGGUGUUGCCAUCGGUUUUCCAAAAAAAUAUUAGUGGCUACAUUACUCAUAUUGAAACUUGUAGUAAAUUCUAUUUCCAACCUCUGUCGGAAACUGAACGUAUCAAUGAAAUACAAGAAAUGCUGGAUGAGGCCAAUAAACAUGAAAACUGUAGAUUUCCCCAUCCCGGGGCUGUAGCAAAAGGCAUAAUAUUGGCAGCUCCAUUCGAUGGCAAAUAUCACCGGGCCAAAGUUAUAAAACUGGCUAAUCAGUCAAGACAUAAAACAGAGUUCAAGGUAUUCUUCAUAGACUAUGGCAAUGCGGCAAUUGUGGAUUUCAAGGAAUUACGUUACCUAUCAGAGACUUGUAAAUAUUUAUCCGACAUACCGCCUCGAUUGUUUGAGUGUCGUUUGGCUUUGGUAGAGCCAUCCGCAUUGAAAUCACCUAACAACAAAUGGACCGAUGAAGCCAUGGAAUAUAUGCAAUCUCAUGCUGAUUUGGGAAUUGUAGAAAUUGAGGUUUUCUCCGUGGUGGAUGGCAUUUCGAAUGUACUUAUCAAAAAAGAUGGCAGUACUAUUAAUAAUAUACUUGUGGAAAAGGGAUUGGCUCGCAGUGCUGAUGAAUGUUAUAUGUCAAAGACUGACCACGAUUUCCGCAUACGCAAACAAUCGGUGGCGAAUCGUUUCUUCGAAGAUGAUCACUCGAGGCAAAAUGAAGAAUAUUUGCGGUCUAUUCGUCCCGAGAUCGAUAUGGAUACUGAACCUCCACCCAGGGAAUUGUGUAGAAACGUUAUGCGGCUGCGUGGACCAUUUAGCCCGCUUGAAAGUAAUGUUUAUUCAGCCAUACGUAUUGGUACCUGGAAAUCGGUGCAAAUCGAUCGGGAUUCAGUAAAUUAUGAUAAAAUUGAUAGUGAUCCGUUCGAUAUGUAUGAACGUUUAAUUGUGGCCUCAGAAAUUAAUGAAACUUCAAACGGAGAGUCUCUGUUGAUCAGAAGUACAACUAGAAUGCCAAAUAUUCAUGGGUUUGGAGCUCUUAUGACCAUGUUAUUUUGUCCAACGAUGCAAAUCAAAUGUAAUAAAACGCGUACAAAAUUUGUUGCACUCCUUGGGGGACUGGGAUAUAAAGAGAAAACCCAAGAACCAUUGUACGCUGAACAUGAUAUUGUUCUCAAUUUGGAUGUUGAUAUACUGCCAGAUGAUAUUGAAUUGAUCAAUCAGAUACGAUCAUCAAUGGACAAUAUACUCUACACAGAACCGCAACAAGCAGAGGCUGGUAUUCAUCCCAAAGAAUUGCAAGAAAUGACAAAGAAUAUUCGAAAUCUCAUUUUAAGACUGUUAAGUAAACAACGUAAAUACAUUGAAUUACAUAUUGAUGUCAACGACAAUAAGUGGGAAAUAUUUGAUGCCAAUGAAGUUAUUACUCCCAACUCCAUAACUGAAAAGCGUUCCAUUUUUCCCCGACAUUCAUAUUUGCGUUUGUAUGAUGAGAAAUUUGAGCGUACACAUACCUUAAACACUCAUUGUCAUGAACUUCAUCGUUUGAGGCAAUUUGAUGGUACAAUUGAAGCUACCACAUGCCGUCUAUGCAGUGUACCCUUGGACAACAUUGUACAAUUGCGCAUACAUCUUCUUUCGCAAAUGCAUCGUGACCGCGAACAGCACAUUCAGUUUCAACCUAUUAUUAAUUAAGUCAAUUUCUUAUUUCAAUAAAAAAAGCACAAGUGAAUAUCAAACAAAA